GGUGCGCUGAGGGCGGAGUGCGCAUGCGCGGACGUCUGUAGCAGAAGUAGAAAUAAAGUGCCCAGAGUGUAAUAACGAGGACACCGCGCUAAUACAGAGCACAGGGCGGCAUGAGGGACCGGACCACCGAGCUUGGGAAUAAUGACAGCGGCUCUGAAAAUGAGGAGAGCAGAGGUUUCCUUAAUUCAGCAGCAAAUGGAAGCAAAGAAGGAGACGACAAAAAUGCCCAAUUACUGGAAACGACUCAAGACAUCAGAAACUCCCUGCAACUCCUGGAAGAAAAGGUGAAGCAGUUGGAAGCCAGCCAAGUGAAAAUUCUCACUAUGCCACUUCCUGAGGACGAUAUGAAGAGAGACUUGGAAAAUCUUCGAGGGGAGAUAAAACGUUUAGCCAAGGACAUUCGCGCUAAAUUGCAAAAGAUCGAGGUAACGGAGGAUGAAGAGUUGGUCAUGACUAAUGUCCAUAUUCGAAUGAGAAGAACGCAGCAUGGGGUGCUGUCUAAGAAGUUCAUUGAGCUGAUUAAUCGGUGUAACAUUGCGCAGACAGAGUACAAAGAGAGAAAUGUCAAGAGGAUCAAACGCCAGCUUCAGAUCACCGGGCACAGCGUUACUGAUGAGAAGUUUGAUGAGAUGUUGGAGAGUGGACAGAUUAACGUAUUCACCUGCAAUAUCCUACAAGACACGCAGGCUGCCAAACAGGCUCUGAAUGAGAUUGAGGCGCGACAUGAAGAGAUCCUAAAGUUGGAGAAGAGCAUUGUGGAGCUUCAUGAGAUGUUCACAUUUCUCGCUAUGGAGGUGGAAGCUCAGGGGGAGACAAUAGAUAACAUUGAGAAAAAUAUUCUGCAUUCCAAAGAUUAUGUGGAGAGUGCCCAAAAACAGCUCACUAAGGCUGUGGAGAAUAAGCACAAAGCAAGAAAGAAGAAAGUCUACAUCGCAAUAUGUGUCUCCGUUCUGCUUCUGGUCAUCAUCCUCAUCAUCAUUGUGACAUUGUUCACUUAAAGGGAUCAGAACCCGCCCUUGCCUUGCUGCUUGCACUGUGACCUCGUACUCCUUCUGCCGUGAUGGCCUCCUGAAAGUAGUUGUCGGGACAUGUUAUGAAGUGUUGGGGUUGAAUGUCCAAUAGCUCUAUACUGGAAGUAGGAGAUUUGGCAAGUGACAGGGAUGGGACUUGCUGUAUAAGAAUAAUUGUUGUGUUUUGUCUUUUUAACCAGGUGUGCCUGCUCUUCAAUGUGCCUUCCUGUGUGUGCUGAUUAAGUGCUUUAUAAAUAAAUAUACCCUCUGUAUAUAA